AUGUACGCGUCGUUGCAGACUAGGCCGACAUCGACAUUACUCGGUCACCUGGAUAACAGCACCGAUAGCUGCUCUGAUAGUGUGUUGGAGUACAGGACGCUACAACAUCCCAUUAGAAGUUUGGUCUACUGCUCAUCACAGUAUUCCGAACGGUCGACUGUGAGAAUAGAUGAAUACUUUCGGCAUCCAAGCGACCUACUAAGUUCACCAACCUGUUUGUAUUCAUCGAUUUCCCGAUUCCAAGAAAGCCUCAAGUCAAAUGAGUCAGCUACGACCCCUGUGUUCAAUGUUCUCACCUGCGCAUCAACUUCUAACUGUUCAAGUGAAACUGUUACCGGUUCUCAUGAUAAACAGAAUCCGCCUUGUAGUUUGUGCUUUACUGAACCACAAAUCACAUGUAUAUGUGAGGUUUUGCAACAGCGAGGUGACAUUACUCGGCUGGAAUAUUUCCUCCAAACCUUACCACAGCAGGAGAGAGUACAGUUACUUGAAAGUGUCCUGGCUGCAAGAGCUACAGUAGCCUUCCACAAAGGGAACUACAGCGAACUGUACAACCUCUUAGAAAGUCAUUCGUUCUCCGUAGAGCACCACUCACGACUUCAGUCGCUGUGGUUACGUGCUCACUACGCGGAAGAAGAAAAAGCGAAGGGACGGGUAUUGGGUGCAGUGGCUAAAUAUCGAAUUCGGCGCAAAUUUCCCCUUCCAAGAACCAUUUGGGAUGGAGAGGAAACAAGUUACUGUUUCAAAGAAAAAUCCAGAACGUUGCUGCGUGAAUGGUACAAUCAUAACCCGUACCCCUCACCUAGGGAUAAACGUGAAUUAGCUGAGACCACUGGACUGACCACUACUCAGGUGUCCAACUGGUUCAAGAACAGAAGACAGAGAGAUCGGGCUAUCGACUUCAAUGGGUCUCGACAAGGGGAACACCGAACAGCGGGGAUUAUCGAGGGCAACGAAGAACAGUCUAUAUGACAUCGAUCAACUUCCCGCUUGCGAGACUCCUUCACAGACAUUGCCAAACGAACCGCACAGAUGCGACUAUCAGCAGGUAUCCAGUCAAGCAAGAAUCCUUCCUCCCGGUGUCUUAGGACGAUACCAGCCCCUGCACAGCCUGCCACAGAAGCCUCUGGAUCACUAGUGGUGCGCAGCCGCAAUUACGAGGACGCUGGAGUUGAUUCAGACAUGGAUUUCGAUGCGACAACACUGUGCAACUCUCAGCAACCUUCGAUCGUUGUGGAUGCGCGAAGAAAUACGAAACCGUAUCUGGAUUCUCACAGCAGCACCGACAUGAUAUCAUCGGCGGAGGAAAAAACAAUACAGUUCUCUCAAAUCCCCUACAACCUAAUCCGAGCGAAUUUAGGAGCGCAUGAUCAGUAUUCCCCACAAGUGAUAGUGAACACAACAUCCACAUUGUCGCAAGCGACCGAUGCUUUACAUUCCUUUGAACACUAUCUGAAAUUACAAGACUGGCAUAACUACGGAUUGGAAUUACAAAGGCGAUUUAGACAAGGAUAUCCGGAUCUCAGAGAGACGGUCGUACUCGAUCGAAAUUCUUCCAGGUCGAGCUCUGAUUAUUCUGCAUGCCUUCAUGCUGGUGACUCGGUUAGCCAUUCAACACUCGGAUAUCGGCUCUCGCUGAACAAGCGUGAUUACAACAGACCAUGCAUAUUUGAACCAGAAACUAGUAAUUCUAGACCUGCGGUGCAUUUCCAAAACUUCAGUCUAUCUGCAUAUAAUAGAAACACAUUUGUGUCUGUACCGCAAACCGAAAUAUCUGAAUUGUCAGGAUGCACGUUGCCCGAUAAUCGUGUAUCUGAAACAAAAACACUCAGGAGGGGUGCCCUCAAUCGAACACAGUAUGAACCGGAAAAAACAACCGGCUCAGAAAACUUCCCAUGUGUUGGAAGUUCUGCGAGGUUGGAAACGAAAAACAACUCAUCUACUGGUGAGAGUUCCUGCGGAGAAAGCUUUACUGAACCGGAAAAUGAGUUAGCAAUGUUCAAUACGCCAUCUUUACAGGAUGCCUGCACCGCUGAAAGUAGCAAGGCGUCUCGCAGUGACAUGGAGCGCUGCUGCCCAACAGCUGCUGAGCAUUAUGCCCUUCAGUAUAAGGACACGACAGAUCAGACUUAUUCUGAUUACGGGACCGCCUUUUCCAGAACGUCAGCAUUGCAACUCACCACAAUGCUCGAUCACAACACUCGUCCCCAAGCAGAUAUUCAGUUGGAUUUAAUCGACAAUGAGCACAUAUCUUACGAUGGAGACCACGCUGCAGAGGCAAACGGGAGUCCAUGGAUAAAAGGUGAAGAGCACAAUGUACUACCCAUCACGUUUCCCCAUAUGACUUAA